CCAGUAAACAUUCAAAAUGGCGCAAUAAACAAAAGAACAAGUCUGCCUGUUGUUUUUUUAACGCUCUGUGACUUGGGAAAUACAUAAAGAAUUAUAUAUUUUGCUCUCUCGUUGUCUGUCGCAUGCCAAUUAUUAAAAUUAUACGGCGACCUAGUGUUAAGGACAUUCAACGAAAGUUGAACUGUUAGAAAACGCGUACCCAUACAAAAUUUAAGAAUAUGUUCGAAUUAUAAUCGUCAAUUUCAAAAUGAUACCGCGCUUUUGUUUGUUGGGGAUUUUAAUUUUCUUCGGCACUUCUUCAGCGACUAAUACACCUGAUGAUCCCGUUAAUGAAAAAUCUGUUGGUUCAUGUAAACAAAACCAAUUUUUAUGCGGUUCAGGAGAAUGUAUACCUUUAAAAUGGAAAUGUGACUUCAAUCCUGAUUGCGCUGAUGGUUCAGAUGAGUUUUUUUCAUGUGGUCUUCCGACAUGCAAGCAUUCUCAGUUCCAAUGUGCAUCAUCAAAAAAAUGUAUACCACAAGAAUGGAUAUGUGAUGGUGAGAUUGAUUGUGGUGUAUCAUUAAAUUCAACUGAUCCAGAUACAUCUGAUGAAGAUCCACUGCAAUGUCAAAAACCAGGUAGCUGCCCUCCAAAUAUGGCAAGAUGUGGUAAUUCAACUAAGUGUGAAUACAUUGAAGUAUUUUGUGAUGGUCAAACUCAUUGUGAAAAUAAUACUGACGAAGGAAGUUUUUGUGAAAAUAUGGUUCCAUGUCAUGGUUUAAAUUGUGCUCAUGGAUGUAAGCCUACUGGUAAAGGUCCAGCAUGUUUUUGUCCUGAGGGAAUGCAACCUCAUAAAAGUGAAUGUAUUGAUAUGGAUGAAUGUGAAGUAUUAGAUUAUACUUGUGAUCAAAUAUGUACAAAUCAAAAAGGAUCUUUUAGUUGUAACUGUGUAUCUGGUUAUGUGCAAGUAAAUUCAUCUUGUAAAGCCAUCAAUGUUCCUGAAAAUGAACCAGCUACAAUAUUUGUUAGUACUUCUAAAGAUAUUAGAAGAAUAUACUUAAAUGGAACUUCUUUUCCUGGUCCAAAAUGUAAUGUUCAAGCUCUAUCUCUCACAUUUGAUCACAGAAAUCGUACAAUAUGUUUUAUUCAUCAGUAUAAUAAAACUGGUAUAGCUAAUUUGAGUUGUGCUAAAGUAGAUGACCUUUCUGUAUUCUGGAAUUUACCAACACCAUCAUUCUAUCCAUUAUUAGGUACUACUCAUGUAGCAUUAGAUUGGGUUUCAGGCAACUGGUAUUAUGUAGAUGAUGAACGAGAUAUGAUAUAUAUGUGUACAUAUACUAUGCAGUAUUGUUACAUUUUGAUUGAUGUAAAUCUAAAUAAACCUAGAAGUAUUGCUUUAGAUCCAACCAAAGGGUUUAUGUUCUUUACUAAAUGGGGACAAUUUCCUGCUAUGGUAGAAAGAGCUCGACUUAAUGGUCUUAAUAGACAGUCUUUAGUAGACCACAAAAUAGUAUAUCCAUAUGGUUUAACUGUUGAUAUUCCUUCAGAACAUGUUUAUUGGGUAGAUACAUACCUAGAUUUCGUUGAGAGAAUUAAUUAUGAUGGAUCUAAUCGGCGUACUAUUCAAAAAGGAUUUCCAGUUAUAAAUUUGUAUGACAUAUCUGUGUUUGAAAAUCACAUGUUUGUUACAUCCUGGAGACUGCAAAGUGUUAUAAAACUUAAUAAAUUUAACAGUAGUUCACAUGAAUUAUUAAUGACAAACUUAAGUCGACCAUUUACUAUUCAUGUGUAUCACAGACAAGAACAGCCUGAAAUUAAACAUCCUUGUAUGAUAAAUAAUGGAGGAUGUGACCAUAUUUGUGUUACUGGUUAUAAAAAUAAAGAAGCUACUGCACAAUGUUUGUGCCAACCUGGUUACAGACUUACUUCUGGAAAAUGUGUUGCUUUCAAAUUGACGGCAUUUUUGAUGUUUGGAAAGAGUAAUCCACCAAUGAUUAAAGGAAUAUCUAUGAACCCAAAGAUGCAUAAAGAACAAAUUAUUUUACCUUUGAAUAACGGCCGAAUGCCAACAUCUAUUGACUAUGAUGUUAAAACACAAUCCAUUUAUUAUUCAGGAGGAAAGGGAAAUGCAAUAGAACGAAUAAGUUUAAAUGGAUCUAAAAUAAAAUCUGUCAAAAUGUUGUCUGAAAUGAAUUGUGAGGGAUUAGCUAUUGAUUGGACAGGUCGUAAUUUAUUUUGGACAGAUGAAGGUUUGGGCACAAUUAAUGUGUUUAAAAUAGAUGAUCCAACUAAACAGAAAGUAUUAAUGAUUGAUAAAGAAUAUCAUCCUCGAUCAAUUGUGCUUGAUCCUAAAAAUGGUUUCAUGUAUUGGGGAAAUUGGCCUCGUGAUUCUACUAGAUCAGGCGGUAGUAUUGAAAAAGCUUGGAUGAAUGGAGUUAAUCCAACAAGCUUUGUAAAUGUAGAUAUUCAAUGGCCAAUAAGUCUUACUUUGGAUUUUUUUACUAGAAGAUUGUACUGGUCAGAUGUUUAUAAUGACAAAAUAGAACGUAUUGAUUUGGAUGGUAACAACAGAGAAGUUAUUAAACGAUCAACUCCUUAUCCAUACGGAAUUGCUUUAUACAACAAUUUAUUGUUUUGGACUGAAACUAAUGGUACAGAAGUUAUGGUAAAAAGCUAUAAUUUAGUAAACAAAUCUGAAGAAAUAUUAGGAAUUGAAAAUGUUCCUCUUUAUACAUUAAAAAUAUAUAAUAGUGAAGCUCAAGUUAAGACUUCCCCAUAUUGGUGUGAAAAGUUGGAUUUAUGUCCUGGUUUAUGCAUGUCUACACCCAAUGGACCAGUUUGCAUAUGUAAUGAUGGCUAUGUGUUAAAAGCUACAGAUGAUAAAAAAAAAGAAUGUGUCAAGUUUAGUUAUGAACCUACCAGUGUCUGUGCCACCAAUGAAUUUCAAUGUGUUACUAGUAAACAGUGUAUAUCAAAUAAAUAUAUAUGUGAUGGUGAUAAUGACUGUGGAGAUGGUUCUGAUGAAGAUACUUCAAUUGGUCCUUGCUCCAACCAUACAUGUGCUCAAGAAAACUUUUCAUGUGAUGGUAAUAAAUGUAUAUUAAAAUUCUGGAUGUGUGAUGGUGAAAAUGAUUGUGAUGAUAAAAGUGAUGAAAAUCCUGAAUUUUGUGAAUCUUGUUUAGCAUCACAAUUUGCAUGUGCAAUUACUGGACGAUGUAUUCCUCAUUCAUGGGUUUGUGAUGGCACAUUUGAUUGUGGAGAAGGAGACACAUCAGAUGAACAUCAAUACUGUGAAACUACAUGCCAACAAUUUGAGUUUACAUGUAAAAAUGGACAUUGUAUAUCAUAUGAUUAUGUAUGCAAUGCAGAAGAUAAUUGUGGUGAUGGUUCAGAUGAAGAAAAAUGUUCUAAUUGCUCUGGUGAAUUUCUUUGUACAAAAAAUAAUAUAUGCAUACCAUUAACAAAAAAAUGUGAUGGAAUAGUCGAUUGUGAUGGAGCCACAGAUGAAUUAAAUUGCACUAAUGCAUUAAACAAUACUUACUAUACAUGCUCUAAUAAUGAAUUUUUAUGUUCUAAUUCUACUGACUUGUGUAUUGAUAAACAUUAUGUAUGUGAUGGCUUACCAGAUUGUCCUGAUGGUAGUGAUGAACAUAAUUGUUCAUUAAUUAAAACUUGUGCUUUUGAAAAUUGUCAUUCUCAUACAAUAGAAAAGUUGGAUUAUUGUUCUUAUCCUUAUCAUCUCUGCGAUAAUGACACAAUCUGUAUUGAGGCAGACAUGUUAUGUAAUGAUAAAAAUGAUUGUAUUGAUGGUUCAGAUGAAGGUGGACAAUGUGCUUUAAAAUUAUGCGAAAUAGCAUCUGAUUGUUCACAUGGAUGUAAUAAUAGCCCAAAUGGUUUUGUAUGCACAUGUCCUGAAAAUAUGACACUUCAACAUGAUAGAGUAACGUGUUCAACUUGUGACACUUGGGGACAUUGUUCUCAGAAAUGUAUAGAAACUGGUAAAAAUAAACACAAAUGUACUUGUAAUGAUGGCUACUUAUUAGCUACAGAUCAUUUCACCUGUAAAAGUACAGAUAAUACUAUGCCAAAAAUUAUAUUUAGUAACAAAAACGAAAUACGUGAAAUCCAUUUAGUUACUAGGGAUGUCAAAUCAUUAAUUUCUGGGUUGAAAAAUACUGUUACAUUAGACUUUUAUCAUGCUGAAGAUGGAACUGAUACUCUAUAUUGGACUGAUGUUAUGGAUGAUAAAAUAUUUAAAGGCAGAAUGAUUGGUGGAUCAUUAACUGAUGUUGAAGUUAUAGUUCAAAAUGGCUUAACAACAACUGAAGGGCUUGCUGUCGAUUGGGUAGCCGGCAAUAUUUAUUGGGUUGAAAGUAAUUUAGAUCAAAUUGAAGUAGCAAAACUAAAUGGAAGUUAUCGAAGAAGUUUAAUUGCUGGGGAUAUAGAAAAUCCUAGAGCUAUUGCAUUAGAUCCAAGACUUGGUUAUUUAUUUUGGACUGAUUGGGAUUCUUCAGCACCUCGAAUUGAGCGUUGCAGUAUGGCGGGUGAAUUUCGUAAAGUUAUUGUUUAUGUGAGCCGGCUUACAGAUGGUGAAUGGCCCAAUGGAUUAACUUUAGAUUAUGAACUUAAUCGUGUUUAUUGGAUUGAUGCCAAAUCAGAUUCUAUACAUACAGUAGAUUAUGACGGCAAUGGCCAUCAUCUUAUAUUAAUGGGACAUGAGCUUCUUUCACAUUCAUUUGCUAUUACUCUUUUUGAAAAUGAUGUUUAUUGGACUGAUUGGAGAAGUAACUCUGUAAAUAAAGCUAAUAAAUGGACAGGUUCUAAUGUUACUGUUGUGCAACAUACUGUGACACAACCAUUUGAUGUGAAGAUAUUACAUCCUAGUAGGCAACCGAAAGUUCAAUAUAAUCCUUGUGGAAUAAAUAAUGGAAAUUGCUCACAUCUAUGUUUAUUGAAUAUUAAUUCUACUUAUAAGUGUGACUGUCCACAUGUUAUGCGAUUAUCUAAGGACAACCAUACAUGCAUUGUAAAUGAAAUUGUUUUGUUAUUUGCACAAACUAAUGAAAUUCGUGGAGUAAAUUUAGAACAACCUUAUUACAAUACAAUUCCAACAUUACUGUCUUAUGACUCUCUAACUUUAUUGCAUGUUCAAAUAAAUUAUUUAGCAGCUGAUAAAAAAAUAUAUUGGUCUGAUUUUUCAAAUAAUGAAAUAAAAAGAUCUAGCUUAUCUGGUGGAAAUAUUGAAGUAAUUUUAGAUACAGGAAUUCAUCAACCAUAUGGAUUUGCUAUUGAUUGGAUAUCCAAAAAUAUAUUUGUUGCUGUUAGUUCAGAUCAAAAUCCAUUUGCAGAAGAAAAUAUUACCACUUCUAAAAAUAUAAUAGCUUGUAAUCUGGAUGGUGAAUAUUUUACCACUAUAUAUUCUAGUGAUUUAAAUGAUGAAGAAACCAAUAAAACUGUGCAAAUUGGGUCAUUGGCUGUACAUCCGCAACAAGGCAAAUUGUUUUGGGCUCAUGUAAUGGCAAGUGGCCAUCAUAAUAUUAUAAUGUCUGAUAUGAAUGCAUUAGCUUAUUCAAUAAUCUUCACAGAAAAAAUAAUACCUUUUGUGCCUGGAUUUACUAGUUUAACUAUUGAUCAGGAAACAAAUACACUUUACUGGGUGAAUUCUGAUAAACAUUCUAUACAAUCUUAUAGUAUUCAAGAUUCUAAAGUAAACCCCUCUUUAAAUUUACCAGAAGAAAGCUUUCCAUCAUCUAUUGCUUUAUAUAAAAAUAGCAUAUAUUAUGUAGAUAACAAAUUAAUGAAUAUUCGAGUUGCAAAUAAAAUUACUGGUAAUGGAAAUUCAGUAUUUCGUAACAUAAGUGCAGAUGUCUAUGCAUUAAGUAUAUAUGAUCCAUCUUUACAAAUUGGUAUUAAUUGUUGUUCUAAAAAUCAAGGAUUAUGUUCUCAUCUAUGUUUACCAAUUUCUGUUGAUGAUUGUGUUUGUCAUUGUGCUACGGGUUUUAUUGUUGAUCCAAAAGAUAAAAAAAAAUGUAUUGGUGUCAAUGAAUUUUUAUUAUAUACAGUUGAGUCAGAAAUCAAAGGUGUAUCUUUGGUUAAAAAUGAUUCACAACAAGUCUUAAGUCCAUUGUCAAAAUCAUCAAUGGCAUAUAGUAUUGAUUUUUAUGAAGAUUAUAUUUAUUGGUCUGAUGAUGAGCAAGGAACCAUUAUGAGAAUAAAACGUGAUGGAACUUCUAGACAAAUAAUUAUAAACCAUGAACACUCUGGGGAAAUAACAUUGGGUACUUGGGUAGCAGGAAUAGCUAUUGAUUGGAUUUCUGGUCAUAUAUACUGGGCAAAUCCUACUCUUAAUAUUAUCCAAGUAGCUCAUCUUAAUGGAUCUAAUGCUUAUGUGGUAUUUGAUGGUGGAGAUACCCCUGAGCGACCCAUUUCUUUGGCUGUAGAUCCUGUUGCUGGUUUUCUAUUUUGGAGUAUUAAACGUUAUCAUGGAGUCUCAAGAUCUACAUUAGACGGAAAAAAUUUGAAGAGUAUACUACUUAACAAAGAUCAACCUUAUAUUGAAGAUAUUACAUUAGAUUACAUUAAUCAUAAGCUAUAUUUUUGCCAACAAAGUUUAAUUGGUCGAUGUAAUUAUGAUGGUACAGAGUAUGAAAUUUUGUAUGAAGAUGAACAUAGUAAUCCAGCAAGUGUUGUAGUACAUAAUGGUUAUAUAUACUGGCUUGGAGUUAUGCAAGAGCAAGAGUUUUCAUCGUUAAUGGUUUCGCCCAUUAAUAAUAUAUCUGCUUCUGAGGAAUUAAUACGAGAAUUUGGUGAACAUCUCAAAGAUGUACAAAUAUUUUCAAAAGAUCGACAUCAAGGAACUAAUAUUUGUCAUAAGCAUAAUGGAGGAUGUCAAGAAUUAUGUUUAUUUAAUGGAACUCACGGAGUUUGUGCAUGUGCCCAUGGUAUUGUGAGUGCUGAUGGAAAAACAUGUAAAGAUUAUUCUACAUUUCUUAUGUAUUCUGGUGUGGAUAAAAUUGAUAGUAUUAUUAUAUCAAAUAAUACAAAUAUAAACACACCAUUUCGAGUUUUACAAUCAAAAGAAUUUAUGCAAAAUAUUAUCGCAUUAUCAUAUGAUUAUGAACGAUCUUUAUUGUUUUAUUCAGAUAUUCAACGUGGUACUAUUGAUGCUAUUCAUUUUAAUGAUACAGGACAUAGAGUUAUAGCAGAACAUCAAGGAUCUGUUGAAGGUAUUGAUUAUGAAAUGAAAGAGAAUAUGCUGUAUUGGACAAAUAGUUUUGCAUCCAUUUCUCGAAUUGAUUUAAGUAUUGCAAAUUCUACUCCCGAAGUUAUUUUAAAAUUAGGACAAUCAGAUAGACCACGUGGUAUAGCAGUUGACAUAUGUGGAUUACUCAUGUAUUGGACUAAUUGGAAUGACUUAAAACCUAGUAUUCAAAGAGCUUUUGUUUCUGGAUUCAUGGUACAGUCAAUUAUAACAACUGAUAUUCAGAUUCCAAAUGCUCUUACUUUAGAUCAUCUGGCUCAAAAAAUUUAUUGGGGUGAUGCUAAAUUGGAUAAAAUUGAGCGAUGCGAAUAUGAUGGAACAAAUCGUGUGGUGCUUGCUGAAUUGUAUCCACAACAUCCAUUUGAUAUUGCUGUAUUUGGUGAUUAUUUUUUUUGGACUGAUUGGAUGUUGCAUGGAGUUUUAAGAGCUGACAAAUAUACUGGUGAAAAUGUUGUAUGGUUAAGAAAAGAUGUCACUAGACCUAUGGGAAUUGUAGCAGUUGCUGAGAAUAUUAAUGAUUGCUAUAGAAAUCCAUGUUUCAAUGUACUUAAUGGUGGCUGUGAGGAUUUAUGUAAAUUGGAUAUUAAUGGUACUAUAGAAUGUUCUUGUCAUGAUAAACGCAUACUUUUACCUGACAAAAAAAGAUGUGUUGAUAUGAAACCAGAAAAAAAUUGUUCAAGUUAUGAGUUUUUAUGUUCAUCAAAUGAAUGUAUACCUUUUGAAAAUACUUGUGAUGGUAUAAAUCAUUGCCAAGACGAAUCUGAUGAAGAUAUUAAUUAUUGUGUUACAAGAUCUUGUCCUGAUAAAUUUUUCUUUUGUUCAAAUCGAUGUUUUCCUAAUGAUCGAAAAUGUGAUGGAAAUUUCGAUUGUCCUGAUGGCUUCGAUGAAACAAACUGUUCUUGUCCAGAAUCUUUUUUUCAAUGUAAAUCUGGUGAAUGUAUAUCUUCAAAUUUACGAUGUGAUAGUGAUCCGGAUUGUACUGAUUCUAGUGAUGAAAUGGGUUGUGACCUUAAAAUUUGUGAAGAUUUAUUAUUGAAUGCUACCUUAAUAAAUUGUAAUACAACUACUGCUUGUAUCCAUCCAAGUUGGAUUUGUGAUGGUCAAAAUGAUUGUUGGGAUAAUAGUGAUGAACAAAAUUGCUCAUUCAUAAAAGAUUUAGUUCCUAUGAAAAACAAUUGUUUAUCUACCGAAUUUAAAUGUUCAAAUGGUAAAUGUAUUUCAAAAUCAUGGAAAUGUGAUGGUGAUGAUGAUUGUGGUGAUUCGUUUAAUACUUCAUUGCCAUCGGAUGAAAAAAAUUGUCCUGUUAAAUGUAAAUCAUCUGAAUUUUUAUGCAAAACCAAGGAUGAUACUUUUGAAUGUUUACCAGUCUCAUGGCAAUGUGAUGGAGCUUCAGAUUGUUUUGAUGGUUCAGAUGAACUUUUAAAUUGUUCAAGUAGAAAUUGUCCAAUAGGUAAUUUCCAUUGUAAUAAUACUGGUCGAUGUAUACCAUCUGCUUGGAUCUGUGAUAGAGAUAAUGACUGUGGAGAUGGUUCAGAUGAGAAUGAAGAAAGAUGUAGUAAAAUAUUUAACAGUACAACUUGUUCUUUGGACAAAUUUCAAUGUGUUAAUAAGAAAUGCAUUUUUGAGGCUUAUUAUUGUGAUGGUCAUGAUGACUGUGGUGAUAAUUCAGAUGAGCCUGAUAAUUGUAAGAUAUGUGAUGCAGUUAAAGAAUUUACAUGUGAAAAUGGUGCUUGUGUAUUACGAACUGAUGUUUGUAAUGGACAAAAUGAUUGUGGUGAUAAUUCUGAUGAAAAUGUACAUACAGAAGAGUGCAAAAAUUAUAGAGACAUAUCUUGUUCAUGGCCUAAUCAUUUCUUAUGUCGUAAUAAAAUAUGUAUUGAUGCAAAUCUGACUUGCAAUGGACAAGAUGAUUGUGGAGAUUUCAGUGAUGAAAAUAAGUGUAAUAUAAAUGAGUGUAUGUUGGAAAAUGUUACCAAAGUAUCUAGACCUUGUGAACAAUUAUGCAUAGAUCAUCCUGUUGGUUAUGAGUGUUUAUGCCUUCCUGGAUAUAAGUCUGUAGGUUCAUUGUGUCAUGAUGUCAAUGAAUGUAAUUCUACUGAAAUAGUAAAACCUUGUAGCCAAAUAUGUUACAACACAAUUGGAUCUUUUAAGUGUGAUUGUACUGCAGGAUAUACAUUAUUACCAGAUGGUCGUUCAUGUAAAGCUUCAACAAUUGAGAAGCCAAUGUUAGUUUUUGCAAGUAAACACUAUAUUAAACAGAUUGAUUUACGAGGAAUGGAAACUGAAAUUUUAAUUAAUAAUUUAACUAAUGUUGUUGCUGUUGAUUAUGAUUAUUCUGAUAAUUGUUUCUAUUGGUCUGACAUAACCAAUCAAGGCAGUACAAUUAAACGAAAAUGCAAGGAUAAUUUAGUUGAGCGAUUGCAUGGUCCAGUAAUAUACAGUCCUGAUGGUAUUGCUGUAGACUGGGUUGCUAAAAACUUGUAUUGGUGUGACAAGGGCAAAGAUACAAUUGAAGUAUCUAAGCUUAAUGGUCAAUUUAGAAAAGUUCUAAUAAAUAAAAGUUUACAAGAGCCUAGAGCUAUCAGUUUAGAUCCUAUUCGAGGAUAUAUGUAUUGGAGUGAUUGGGGAGAAGUGCCUUAUAUUGGUAAAGCUGGAAUGGAUGGUAGUGAACCUAAAGCUAUAUUGAACGAAUCAUUGGGUUGGCCAAAUGCUUUAGCAAUAAGCUUAAGUACAGAAGAACUUUUUUGGGCUGAUGCUAAAGAAGAUUAUAUUGCUUAUUGUGACUUGAAUGGUGGAAAUAUGCGUGUAAUCGCAAGCAGAAAAAUGAAUCCUUCUGUUAAUAUACAUCAUAUUUUUGCAAUUACAUUGUUUGAAAACUUUGUUUAUUGGUCUGAUUGGGAAACAAAAAAUAUUCAUAGAUGUCAUAAAUAUUCAGGUCAUGAUUGUCAAAAUGUUACAUCACUUGCAUAUAGACCAAUGGAUUUAAAAGUUGUACAUCCUUUGUUACAACCAUCAAGAGCAUACAACCCUUGUGAAAAGAACAAUGGUGGGUGUAAAGCUUUGUGUCUUCUAUCUCCUAAUUUGGGAAGAACAUGUGCAUGUCCUCAAGAUUUUAUUCUUGCACCAGAUAAUAUGAAUUGCAUGGCUAAUUGUUCUUCAUCUCAUUUUGUUUGUGCUAAUACAUUUAAGUGCAUACCUUUCUGGUGGCAUUGUGAUAAACAUGAUGAUUGUGGUGAUGGUUCUGAUGAACCUGAAAAUUGUACAGACUUCCACUGUACACCUGGACAGUUCCAAUGUGCAAAUUAUCAGUGUAUACAUCCAUCAAAAUUGUGUAAUGGUAUACCAGAUUGUACAGACAAUUCUGAUGAAGAGGAUUGUGAAAACUAUACAUGUUUUGACACGGAUUUCAAAUGUCAACAUGGUUCUCAAUUAGGCAAGUUACCAAAACCAACAUGUAUACCAAAUCAUCUAAAAUGUAAUGGUCACAAUGAUUGUUUGGACGGGGAAGACGAGAAAGAUUGUAAUCUGAAAAAAUGUGGCGUAAAAGAGUUUAAAUGUGAAAUAACUGGAAAGUGUAUUCCAAAAGUAUUUAUGUGUGACGGGGAACAUGAUUGUGGUUUUGGUGACACUUCUGACGAACCAGAAAAUUGUACUUCUAGAACAUGUGCUUCAGAUGAGAGACGUUGUAACAAUGGUCGUUGUAUUCAUUUAACAUGGAUGUGUGAUGGCGAAAAAGAUUGUCCUGAUAUGGAAGAUGAACCACCUUCUUGUUUUAAUGUUACAUGUGACCCAACAUAUUUCAAAUGUGCUAACGGAAAAUGUGUUCCAGGUCGUUGGCGAUGUGAUUACGAAAAUGAUUGUGGCGAUAGAUCUGAUGAAAUUGGGUGUUCACCAAGAACAUGUUCAGAAUAUGAAUUUAGAUGUUCUGAUGGUCGAUGCAUUCCAGCCAGUCAAAAAUGUGAUGGUAAAUCUAACUGUUCAGACAAUAGUGAUGAGGACGAAUGUGAAUCACAUGUAAUUUGUGGUGCUGAUGACUUUCAUUGUAAUGGUUCUUAUCAUUGUAUUUCACCAAAAUGGCGAUGUGAUGGAGAUCAAGAUUGUCCUGAUGGUUCUGAUGAGUGGAAUUGCACAGAUAAAGUUGGAAAGGGAUGUUCAAUUAGUCGUAAUGGUCAAUUUGUUUGUAAUAAUGGUGAUUGCAUAUCACUUGGAAAUAGAUGUGAUGGUGAAGAAGAUUGUGUUGAUGGCAGUGAUGAAAAUCGAACUAUGUGUGCAUUAGUUGCUUGUCCACCUGGAAAAUAUCGAUGUGAUAAUAAUAAUUGUGUAUUUAACACUAACGUUUGUGAUGGUUCUGAUCAUUGCGGUGAUGGAUCCGAUGAAACAAAAAUUGCAUGUGCAAGUGCUAGUCAAAUUUGUGAUUCAAGUAAAUUUAGAUGUGCAAAUGGUCAAUGCAUUAAUCGACGUCUUCGAUGCGAUGGACACUUUGAUUGUUCUGAUAACUCAGAUGAGCAGUUAUGUAAUGUAACUAAAUCAUCAUGUCAAUUUGGAACAUGUUCUCAAAUUUGUGUACCCAAAAAGAAUUUAACUCAUUCAUGUCAUUGUGCACCUGGUUAUAGCGUAUCCCUCCCUAAUAAAUCAUGUCAGGCAAUUGGUGUUUCAGCAUUAUUAGUUGUGGCUAGUAAUGAAGGAGAUAUUUUUUUUGUUGAUCCAUAUAAAUCUCAUGAAAAUGUAUAUAAUUACUCAGCUGUUACAUUACCAGCUCAUAAAAUACAUUCAAUUGAUAUAUUAUGGACAAUUAAUGCAACUUAUUUGUUUUGGAGUGAUCAUAAUUCUAAAGCUUUAUAUUCUACAGUUAUUGAUCAUCCGGUUAAAAAAUCAAAUCGAACCACUCGGGAUGUGACAAAUAUCAAACAAAUUGUCCUAACUGAUGGUACUCCUGAAAGUAUUGCUGUUGAUUGGAUUUCAAAGAAUUUGUAUUGGAUUGAAAAUUCUAAUCGAACCAAAGCUAUUAAAGUGGCUACAGUAGACGGAAAAAACAUAAGGACCUUAGUAAAACUUGAAGCAGAUCGUAAACCUCAAAACAUUGUACUAGAUCCUCAAUCUGGGUCAAUGUAUUGGUCUGAUUUAGGCCGUAAACCUCAUAUUGAAAUAUGCUCAAUGGAUGGUUCUAACAGAAAAACAUUUAUUAGUGAUUCUGUUCGAAGCCCAGCAGGCAUAACAAUUGAUUAUGCUACACGUCGAUUGUAUUGGUCUGAUACAAAACCAUACACUAUAGAAUCUGUUUCUUUAGAUGGGAAGGGACGAAGGGUUAUACAUAAAUUCCCUAAAGGUAAACAUCCAACUAAUAUUGAGUUAUUUGAAGAUUCAAUUUAUGUAUCACUUUUGACUACUAUUGUAAAAAUAAGUAAGUUUGGAGAUAAAAAUAUGACAAUUUUGUCAAAAAACAUCUUCAGAGCUACUGAUUUAGUUAUAUUACAAGAGAAUAAACAUCCAAAGGACUUGGUUAACUAUUGUGUUAUCAAUCCAUGUCAUUCUACCGCAUUAUGUGUUUUGAGUGCUAAUCCAAAAAAUAGAACUUGUCUUUGUGCCGAUAACCAAAUGGAAGUUCCUACAUUUACAGACAUUAAAUGUGUGCCUAAGCAAAACCCAUCUUUUAUUUGUGAACCACCAUGCAAAAUGGGUGUUUGUGUUGCAAAUGGAACAUCUAAUCUAGGUAGUUGUAAAUGUGACCCAUUUUUUAUUGGAGAAACAUGUGAUAAUUACUCAUGUCAUACAUUUUGCUUCAACAAAGGAAUCUGUUAUUUAGAACCUGGACCAAAUGCUGAAAAUGAUUUUAUAGCCAAGUGUAAAUGUUCAUCUAAAUGGACUGGUGACAGAUGUGAUAUUCCUGUACCUCCAAGAGGUUGUCCAGGCGGUUGUUGGAAUGGGGGCAAUUGUAUUGACAAUAUUUGCGACUGCCUACCAGGUUUUACAGGUAAAAAUUGCGAAAAAUGUGUGAAUAUUGAUUGUAAAAAUGGAGGAAUAUGUAUAAUAUCUGAUUCUGGUCAUGGUGAAUGCCAGUGUACUGCUGGAUAUAGAGGGCCAUCAUGUACUGAAUCAGACUGUGAUAACUACUGUGUUAAAGGAACUUGCUUUUUAGAUCCUAAUGGUCCUCAUUGUAAAUGCCAUAGCGGCUAUAUUGGACAACGUUGUGAAUAUAAUGUUUGUGCAGACAAUACUUGUUUAAAUGGAGGAUCUUGUUAUAUAAAGAACAAUAUUACUGCAUGUUUAUGUUUACCACAGUUCAAAGGUCCAACUUGUCGUAUCAAUAUUUGUAACUGUACAUGUUCUAAAAAUGAUCAUGAAUGCCAUACACAUUGUCAUCCUAAUUGGAACCAUCCUAUAUGUGAUCAGUUAAAUGCUACUAAAAACUUGUGUCAUCCUGAAAUGUGUAAAAAUGGUGGUACUUGUAUCAUUGUCAAUAAUCAACCAUCUUGUAGGUGUGUUGGUCUUUGGGGCUCACCUGAUUGUAGUAAUAUAAUUGUAGAUUCAGGUUCAUGCUUGGGCUAUUGUUAUAAUAAUGGUACAUGUUAUCUAGAAUCAAAUUCUGGAGUUGAUGAACCUAAUUGUAAAUGUAGUCCAGGAUGGACUGGACAACGAUGUAAUGAUCAGCUCACUUGUUCAAAUUAUUGUCAAAAUGGUGGUACAUGUAUUGAACCUGAAGAAACAAAUGGACAAUUAUCAUGCCAUUGUCGUCAAGGUUUUGGUGGAGAUAGGUGCAUAACCCUGUUAAUAGUUGAAUACUCGUCUUCAGAUAAUAAUCAUGGUUUAAGUGCAUUAUGGAUCAUAUUCUUAAUUGUUAUAAUGUUGAUUGUUGUUACUGGUACUACAUAUUACUUCACCAAAUUCAGAAGAAGAGGUCGUUCAUUUUUGCAUGUAAGAAUGCAAGAAAACUUAGAGGUCAAUAAUCCAAUGUACAUACAGGAUGAAAUAGAUGAUGAAGAUAUUCAUUUAGAACGUGCUUUUCCUUUACAAGAAAAGCCAAGUGGACAUUUUGGAAAUCCAGUAUAUGAUUCCGUUUAUAGUGCUGGUAGUAGUACUUCGGUGACUGGUAGUGAAGAAAGUAAAGGUUUAUUACAGAGUACUAAUUUGAUGAAUCAAAUAUUAUCUCCAGAAAAUAGCCAUGACGAAACAUAAUGGUACAUGACAAAUUAUUUUACUUUUUUUUACUUUAAGUUGUAUUCUGGUUAUUAUAAUUUGUAAAAAAAAUCUUAUGAAUUAUGAACAUAAGAAAGUUAAAUUUUAAUUGUUCAUCAUAUUCUUUGUUAUUUGAAAACAGCUACUUGUAGAUUAUUAUUUUAAUUUUUUCAUUGUAUAGCUAUUGAUUAUCAUUACUACUAGUUCCUAUUCCUAGAUGAAAAUACCUGUAUGACAAUGUAAAUUAUUUAUAUAAGUAUAAUAAUUAUAUAGAAAAAUUUAUCAUGGAAAAAAAAAAUAAAAAAUCAUACUAAAUCAUUUAUAUCCAGACACAUAACAUUUCAAUUGUUAUU